AUCUUACUUUAAAUGCAUAUGAAAACAUAUUUCUCAUGUUAUUUUUGAAACUAAAUUUAUGAAUAUUUGACUGUUUCAGGAAAACCGGCAUCUAUGUACCAUCGCUCAGAUCCAGACUGGGCUAAAUCCUACUCUAAAUUUAGAUGGUGCUAUGACUCCAACAAAAUCAGUGUUGAAGAAAAAAAAGAUUGAAACAGAUAGUAAAAGGUACAACAGAGCAGUUGACCGCCAGAAAAACAGAGAUAAACAUCACGUUGCCAGGGUUUUGUUGGAACUUCAGAGUGCAGAGUUUGUUGCAACUCCAUAUAUUCCAGAACAGGAUACCCAGGGGUUGACUCCAUUCAAUGAAGUAGAAUCAGAGACAUGUACAUUUACUUGGAAAGGGAAAACGGAAGGCCCUGGGAAGUCUUUACAACCAUGUAAGGAAAAUGAUAAAGAAAAAUUAAAUGAAUUAGAUAGUAGAAUUAAUUCUGAAAUUCAGAGACUGUUGUCAGAGAAUAUGGCUUUAAAAUCAGAACUGAACUCAUUCUACAUGAACCAAGAAAGUUUCAAAGAAGAUAAUGAGAAAGUAAAAUAUUAUACAGGCCUUCCAAAUUAUUUGACUUUGAUGGUGGUUAUGGAUUUAGUGUCACCAUUUCUUAAAAUGAAAAAGAAUAUGCGUCUUGGUGCAUUUGAGAGAGUGUUGCUCACUCUUAUGAGACUGAAACAUAAUUUCCCAUUGAAAGAUUUGGCUUAUAGAUUUAAGACUUCAUCCUCCACAGUAUCAAGAAUAUUUACUUUGGUUAUACAUAUUAUGUUUGUUAGAAUGAAACAUUUCAUAUAUUGGCCAGAAAGAGAAGAACUGCAGACCACAAUGCCUCUUGAGUUCCGCAAACAUUUUGCUAGGAAAACAUCUGUCAUAAUUGACUGCUUUGAAAUAUUUAUAGCAAGACCAAAAGCUCUGCUGGCCCGGGCACAAACUUGGAGCAAUUAUAAGCACCAUAAUACUGUUAAGUUCCUGAUAGGCAUUACGCCCCAAGGCUCAAUUUCCUAUAUUUCAAAUGGAUGGGGAGGAAGAGCAUCUGACAAAUACAUUACAGAAGCCUGUGGAAUAUUAGACAAUUUAUUACCAGGGGACCUGGUCUUAGCUGACCGUGGCUUCGAUAUCGCGGAUAGUGUUGGUGUUUAUUGUGCGGAAGUAAAUAUACCUAGCUUUACAAGGGGAAAAUCUCAACUUUCUGCUACUGAUGUUGAAACAACCAGGAAAAUCGCUCAUGUGAGAAUUCAUGUGGAGCGAGUUAUUGGAUUAGUUCGAAAUAAAUAUACAAUCCUGCAGGACAAGAUUCCUAUAGACUUUUUAAUUCAUGAGAAAGAUGAAGUACCAACAAUAGACAAGAUAGUUAAUGUAUGCUGUGCACUCACAAACAUGAAUGAGUCUGUGGUAGGGUUUGACUAGCUAUGUAUGAAUAGUUGAAUACCCAUAAUGUAAAGGUUGGUACCAGCUGGUUGGUACGCUGAAUACAAAUGUAUGUCUAAGUAAAAUUGAAAAGUGUCGUAGUAUCAAUUAAUAACAUUAGAUUUAAAACAUCUUUUGUGUAUAGGAAGAUUGACACUUGUACUGUUUCCCACUUCUACAGUGCUCUAAAGUUAAAUAGAAUAAAUAAAGAACAUUUAAAGGAACUUACAUGUAAUUUAUUUUUAUGCAUGUUUAUUAUUCUUUGAAUAAAGAAGUAAAACUACUUUUUGUUAUUAAUAAAUGUACACACAUGCUAUGAAACACUGUA